CGCUGCUGUGUCUCUUUAAGUACAGCAGGCAGUGCUGUUGGUUCGUGUGGGAGCGCAGGGCGCACGGUGCGGCGCUGCCUCUCCGCAGCGUCAACAGCCUUCCUUCCUCACAUCGGACAAGCGACACAACAGAAAAGACAGGUCGACCUACCGCCUGCAUCACAUCCACGCUUUGAACAGCUGACUGGAGCGAGUGAAACGGAGAGUGGACUGUCUCCGCGGGGCUGAUAAACUGGUGAGCCUCCAGGGCCAUUAACAUCCCUCCUUCUCCGACUGGAAGCUAGAAGCAUGUAGCGGUUUAUCUGCGGUACCGUACAGUAGAUUAUUUCACAGCGCUGAGUGGCUGUAGCCUACCAGCUAAUGAGAUUGACAAAAAGAAACUAACGUUAGUUAUCUAGGGAUGAAAGCACAGUAAAAACAGCCCAUUAGAGAAAUUUGGCUGAAUGAUCGUGGCGAUAAAACAUCAUGUCAGAGCCUGAGAGAUCCUCCGCCAAGUUGCGUCCUGUGAGCUGCAUCAAACCAUCUGCUGAAGCCUCCUUUUGACUCGUGGUAAAGAUGGUGAGUCACGCCCUCUCUCUCACUAAAUAGCCGGCCUCACAAAGGAGAAAGGAUCUCAGCUCAGCCAGCAAAUAAAACCCUCUUCCUUCUGCACAGCGUGGGAGAAGUGCCACUGUGGUGCUAGUGUGUGUAGUAUCUCUGUAGGCUGAUAACUGGAGUGAAAGCAACGUUGAGGGAUCAUCUUUCACUGAGCCACUCAACUUUCAUGCCGUGGCCCUGGAGCCGGCUCUCAGGGCUGGACUGUCAAAGGGAGCGCAGAGAGACUCACAUGGACUCGAUCAGCAGAGCUGCACAGUGCAUAGGUGUGAAGCAUCUUCCUCAUGAGACCGAAAAAGCAUACACGAGGGAAAAGCCAUGCUUUUGUUUGUUUGACCUUCAUUAAGGAUUAAGAUUUUUUUUUUUACAUUUUUUGUCAUUUUUGUCGGGGCCCAGUCGGGGUUUGUGGGAACAGGGGCAGCUGGUGUUGAUUUUUCUGCUUUAUGAGUUUUCAUCACUGGGAGAGCGUGUCUGAGUGGCAGGGGGAGCCAGCAUGGCCAAGACUCUGCUGAAGAUACAGCGCUAUUUCCGCAGGAAACCUGUCCGAUUCUUUUCCCUCAUCCUACUCUACUUGACCGCCGGGAGCCUUGUCUUCCUGCACUCUGGCUUUGUUGGGAACAGCGGCCCAGGGGCCAGAGGGGGGAGCCGAGACGCUGUUGUAGCUUCAGAGGUGGGAAGCCGGACUUCAAGGUCAGACACUCGUGGGCUUGGCAUCAUGAGUCGUGUGUUUAAAGAGACACGCAGGUCUGGACGGAGGUACGGCCCUCCGUGGAUGAAAAAGGCCAGACAGGAGGGCCGGGAGCCGGUGCGCAGGGGGGGAGACUACACCAACAACUGGAACCGUGCACUUAAAGGCCGCAGUGCCAAAGAUGUGGACGAUGGAAGAGCAAAGUAUAUCGGCUGUUACAUUGAUGACACACAGAAAAGAGCACUGAGAGGAGUUUCCUUUUUUGACUACAAAAAAAUGACUGUAUUUCGUUGCCAGGACAACUGUGCGGAAAGAGGGUAUAUGUACGCAGGUCUGGAGUUCGGAGCAGAAUGCUACUGCGGUCACAAGAUCCAGGCACCCAAUGCUUCAGAUAGCGAAUGCAAUAUGGAGUGCAAAGGAGAGAAGAGCAACCUGUGUGGAGGAGCCAACCGACUAUCCAUCUAUAGGCUGGAGCUGAGCCAGGAGUCGGCGCGUCGCUAUGGCAGCGCCAUUUUCAAAGGGUGUUUCCACAGGCCUGACAAUGUCACUCUGGCACUUCCCUUCAGCGCAGUCAUCCAAAACAUGUCUGUGGAGAAAUGUGUGGACAUGUGCACGGAGAAGGAAAAAACGCUUGCUGUUCUGGCUGGAGAUCGAUGUUACUGUGCCUUCCCGACUUCCCGCUUCUCCCUUCAUGAGCUGGAGGACGAGGGCAUGUGUGUCCACCGCUGCCACGGGGAAGAGUUUGAGAGCUGCGGGAACAACGAGUACUUUGUGGUGUACCAGACACAAGUUCAAGAUAACCGGGCAGGGGCCGGGACUUUCCCGCCCACUGGGCCAAGAGCGGGGGGCCCCGCAGUUUUCCCCCGGAGCUGGCAACACCGGGCUCGAUUUUUUAAAAGGGGGAAAGGGGAUCCCGGCGGAGUGGGGGGGACGAUCGGGAUUAAAAGGGGCAAUGGGGAGCGGAAGAAGGAGAUUGAAUCCUUUGACUCCAGCAUCCUCAUGAUCCGAAACCCCUACAAAGCCCUCAUGGCCGGGAAUUUUAAAAGAAAAUAUGGUUUCCCCAUUGGUUUUUUCCCAAGGGCCCAUUGGAGGGCAAAGUCUUGGCCCGAGUUUGUGAAGAAUUAUGCCCCUUGGUGGGCGUCCCACACGUUGGACUGGCUGAAUUAUGGGAAGGUUGUCCACGUGGUCCACUUUGAGAAUGUGAAGAGGGACCUGUUCUCCCAGCUGAAGGGGAUGGUCCAGUUUCUGGGUUUGAAGGUUUCUGAGGACCGCCUUCUCUGCGUCGAGGGCCAGAAGGAUGGAAACUUUAAGCGAUCGGGGCUACGAAAGCUUGAGUAUGAUCCCUAUACUCCUGAAAUGCGAGCGAACAUCAACGAACUGAUCAGAACAGUAGACGCUGCCUUGAGGAAAAGGAACAUGUCUGGAGUUCCAGAGGAAUAUAUGCCAAGAUGAUAUAUGUAAUCUCCUUAUUUUCUUUUUUUUUCCUCCUUUAAUUGAGAUGUUCUGUUAACAGACUGCACCAUAUUUUGUAGGAAUACAUGACUUAAAAUGUUUAAAAUGUUUUUUUUUGUGAACAUAGGCUGUAGAAAGAAGAAAUCUCUUUACCCUCCUAUUUUAAUUUUCUAUUCAUGUUCUUUAAUCUUCUGUUGCACCAGUCCCAUGCAUUCAUUUAAGAAGCAGUUUUAACUAUUUGUUUUUCUCUUUGGCUGAAUGAAAAGUACUUAUUUAUAACUGCUCUAUGCACAUGCGCUGUGAAGGCAUGUGCACAUGCCUUAACAUGAAUAUGGUACCAUAGCUGUGAUUAGAGAGAGACUCAUCUGACUGCGCUGGGGGAUUUGUUGCCAUUGGAAAAACAUGUGACCCAAAAGAUACUAUACAAUACUGCAAAGUUUGUUGUAUAUGCUUAUUUUGUGCUAAAGAGAAAUAUGAUAAAUCAAAACAUUACAAUGUAUUAAUCUUCUGCUGCUAUCACAGAUACAGAAAAAUACUAUUUUAUACACGAAAACUUUAAAACGUUGAGCCCUUUGUCAGAGGGCAAAAAUGCAAUAUGCAGGCUUUAACUACCUGAUGAUUAUACUGUGUGUUUCCAUUAUUUGUACAGUAUGUUAUUCAACUUACUGUAUGUAAGAGGAAUCUCGUUUUCAAUGAUGAAGAGGUAAAGAACUCAGCUCCUCGUAUUCAAGAAGAUGGAAUAAUCUCUCUUGAAGGCACUGACUCAAGGAGAGAAGAGGAUUUAUCUCAACAGCAUUUUUUUAUCUCUGGUGUGCAAUGCACAUGUCGACUAAUUUGGUUGUGAAUAUGUUUUCUUAACACUGGACUCGAUGCAGAAAUCCAAAAAGCACUUUGCUGUGCAACACAUGGCCCAAAGAUCACUGAGGAAUAAGGCGUUACGCUCGUGGUAUAAAUCGGAUGGUUACCUUUAGCAGUAGUGAUCGUUACAGAUUUAUUUGAUAACAGUUAUACAUACACACUGAAUGGGAAAACAUUUUUUUUUGCUUUGUUGUAAGAAAAGCAAUGAAACAGUUAAAGCUGGUGAUCAUUUUACUCUUCAUAACAAAAAAAAUUCUCCACAAAUGUGUGAAACAUUGUGCCCAGAUUUUAUAAGCAGCACGUCUUAUAACGGUACUCAAUGUGCUGUGCCAUAUGCUUAAAAAUAAACAAAUAUAAAAAUAAAUAGAUACAUGAAUAUAUUAAUAAAUGAAACACUGGUGACGAAGAGCCAGAAAAAAAUUAACUUACUUCCAUUUCCAGAAUUAUAUAAAUAUAUUUUUUUAUAGUGUGUGCUGACACAUUGGCAAUAUUUGUAUUGCAACAAGCAAAACGGGAGAAAUUGUUUCUAUUUUUAACACGUGCUUUAAACUUUAUUGGCUCUUGCUUUCAUUGACAAGCUGGCACUUUCUCAACAUAGGUGUCACAUUUGAAUGUAUUUUCUAUGGAAUGAAUGUAAUGUGAUAAGGCCCAAUAAAUUAAUCCAUAAAA